AUGCCAAAAUCAAAACUCAAAAAUGCUGCAAAAAAAUGUAUACUUACACAAAGUAGAAAUAAUGAUAGAAGAUUUUUAGCUACAGAUCUAGAAUAUAACAAUCUAGAAUAUAGUGAUCCAGAACUUUUAGUCUAUAAAUCUGAGAGCAAAGAAGCUGAACAGUUAGUUUAUAAAAAUAGUUUAUUUUAUAAUAUUCAAUGGGGUAAUAAAGCAUCUGGUGGUCGGUUACCAUAUUAUUCUGGUGGUUCAAAACAUACUUAG